AUGAAACGAUUCAUCACACCGAGUUCUUCUAACGCAAGAAUAUUUUUGAGUUUUUUCAAAAUAAUGACCUCUCCGAAUGCUACGGAUCUGAGAUUUGGUACAUGUUCUUUCAGUCAUUUCCAUAAUAUUCAAAAACAAUAUGAAAGCGGAUGCCGAUCUUUUCAUUGCAACAAGUUGCAUUCCCAAUCAGAAUCAAAUGAUGAUUUAAAUUUUGGAUCGAGAAGAUCACAUAUGGAAACAAAAUUAUUAAAAGUCUUUGAAUUCGGUUUGGGUAAAAAUCAUGUGCAAGCUCUUCCAGAAUAUUUCAUGAAAUUUCAUACAGGUCAACAUGUGGAGCACCACAAUUAUUACAGACCUUUAAUUGCUCGGGGCCAUUUGGUAGUGACUCAUGGCAAUAAUUGGUUCAAUCGAUUAUUGGCUAAAAUUGGAGGAUUACCUAAAGAGAAUUUAAAAGGAGCUGAAGUCACAGUGACAGUCGAUGAGGAACAAGGUGUUUGGAAGAGAAAGUUCGAUGGGCGAGAGAUGAAUUCAAAAUGGGAGAUUUGGAAGAGUAGGAAUGAGAGUGACGAGUCCUAUGUGGUAGAGUCUUUUGGACCAUUUGCAUUUGGAUUUAAAUUAAAUCCAAUUUAUGGAAAAUUAACAGAAGAAAUUGAUCAAAAUGCAACAAGCAACAAAUCAGACGAAAUACAGCAGCAAGAACAACAUAUUAUUGGAUUUGAACAUUCUUUUCGGAAAAUGUGGUUCUUCAAUGUACCUGUGCCAGCAAUGUUAGCCUUGGAUCCUUCAGGAAAAUCUGUCUGUGUGAAUUCGAGAUCAUGGUAUGUGGAAGUGAAUAUUUCCAAUCCAUUGAUUGGCACAAUUUGUUCGUACAAGGGCAUCAUGACUGCUGAAAAGAUGUAA